AUGGCUGAUGAAUUCAGGCUGGUAUCACCUGACAUAGACAAUGAAGGUAGGUUACCUAGGAAGUACACAGGAGAAGGUCAAGGCGCCAAAAAGAACUUAUCUCCACCAGUUGAGUGGUACAACGUGCCAGAAGGAACCAAGAGCCUAGCUCUAAUAGUGCAGGACUUGGAUAUAUCAGACCCUGAUGGUCCUAACGUGCCAUGGCCUCAUUGGGUUGUGGUUAACAUACCACCUCAUGUAAAGCGUCUUCCUGAGGGGUUCUCUGGAAACGAAGAAGAGAUGGGUGGUGAAUAUGCUGGGAUCAAAGAAGGGGUUAAUGGCUGGAAGACUCCUGGAUGGCGUGGACCUGUCCUGCCGAAACAUGGGCAUAGGUUUGAGUUCAAGCUCUAUGCUUUGGACGAUGAAUUGCACCUAGGAAACAAGGUGACAAAGGAGAAGCUGGAGGAGGCAGUUCAAGGGCAUGUACUAGGAGAAGCUAUCUUGAUGUGCAAAUUUUGA